CCGCAGGCUUCUCUGCCUUUAUACCCAUUCAUUUCUCUCUCUCACCCACGACUCACGUCUGCCAGCACUUGAUGAUGCGCUAGGAGGGACGACUUUGAUAAUACUUAUCCCUAUCGCUUUAGCUUAUAAUUUAGCCAGCAGCUGGACGGUCGAGACUACUUUCCCUGCCACGCAACCUCUGACCAGUAGCUGCCGCUAUUAACCAAAGUACGGACGAGACAAGAGGGACGCUAUGGACACAACGACGAUUGCUCUGUAUGGUGCUGGGCUACUGGUGCUUGCUUUCGGAGUGGCAUACUCCGCUCUGAUCCUCCUCUCACCACGCCCAAUACCCACACGCCCGUCCGAACAAGUCUACCGUUCCCGCGCUUCUCCUUCAAAACCACUCCCUCUACCCUCCCUAUUCGACGAACCUUCAGUGGACUUGACGGUCGUUAUACCGGCUUAUAACGAGACGGAAAGGUUACCCGCUAUGCUAGAGUCUACCGUCGCACACCUUCAAUCAUACUCCCAACCACAACAAAGCGGAACCGCUAAAUCCACUUCGACUUCCACCUCAAACGCAAUCGGAACGAACGGCAGCAGCACCACGAGAACUCGAGCCCCUCCUCCCAAACGGACCUACGAAAUCCUUAUAGUAGACGACGGUUCCUCCGACUCAACGUCCUCCUUCGCGCUCACACUCUCGCAAUCCCACACAUUUGCUAAAUCCGAAAUCAGGGUCGUCACUCUCCAGAAGAAUUUGGGCAAGGGAGGGGCUGUGAGGCAUGGGAUGUUGCACGGGAGGGGACGGAGACUAUUGAUGGUUGAUGCGGAUGGGGCGAGUCGGUUUGAGGAUCUGGAGGGGCUUUGGGACGCACUGGAUGGGGUCGAGGAGAAGCAGCGGAAAGAGGGCAGGGAGGAUCGAGGAUGUGUUGCGGUGGGGAGUAGGGCGCAUCUGGUCAAGACCGAAGCUGUUGUUAAGCGUUCAUUCAUCCGCAACUUCCUCAUGUUCUCCCUCCACCUCAUCCUCCGCAUCGUCGGCGUAGGCUCCAUCCGCGACACCCAAUGCGGCUUCAAACUCUUCACCCGUCCCGCGGCCCAGUCCAUAUUCCCCGCACAACACCUAACCACCUGGAUAUUCGACGUCGAGCUUCUACUGCUCGCUACUCAAAUGGGCAUACCCGUCGAAGAGGUACCGAUAGAGUGGCAUGAAGUAGAGGGAAGUAAGCUGAACGUCAUGAUUGAUAGCCUGGGGAUGCUCAGGGACUUGCUGGUCCUGAGGGGCAAUAUGAUUUUUGGGAGGUGGGGUGGGAAGGUCGGGAAGGGCAGUACGACGGCGACUGCUACGGGUGGUGGUGGUGGUGGGAAGAAAAAGAGGGUGUAAAGUAUAUUAUCGCCAUGGAUAUUUAUUUGUUCAUAUAAUUCUCGAUAUGCCGAAGUGUUUGGCACUGCUGCCUCGAU